AUGCGUCUCACCUGGCAAUCCAUUUCUUCCUUUUUCUCCUCGUCCGUCGACAGUCCGUCAUCCGGCGAGGGCUUCGACGGGCAAAAGCACAAGCCCGCGCCACUGAAGUCGACAUUCGGCGCUGCAGUCGACUCGUCCCUCCCAUCGCCGGUCGAGUCAUCCGCGCCCUCUGCAGCCAGCGACCGUGACUUCUCGGCCCCUGAGUCGCCCUACAGCAAUCACCAGGCGUCCCUGUCGAGAACCUCGACCGCAACCGCUCCCACCUCGCCCGCCUCGAACCAGCUGCUGCUGCCGCCCCAUCAUGACGGACGGCCCCACACCGCCCCGUCUCCGGCUCCUCCCUCUUCGUCUUCGCAGCAAGAGGAGCGCCCGCUGCCGGCGCAGCACUUGGAAAACAACCCGCCCGAUAUCAUGAGCCGCGAGUUCCCUACGCCGGCCCGCGAGCCCACAGUGGAGGACAUGUUCACGCGGCCGCCCGGCAAGCUCUCGCUCCAACACUGGGUCAAGAACUGCAAGAUGCGGCAAGUGUCUGGCGAACGGCCGCUGAACGAGGCUGAGGCGGCGGAGCGAGCCCGCCAUUUCGAGGAGACCAAGAGGGAGCUGAUGGCGGACAAGGAGAAGUUUGCUUCAGUCAUGAAGCGGUAA